GGGGCAAAGAGAAUGAAGGAGAAAGGAGAGAUCAAGAGCCAGUGAUAAAUUAUGAACAAUAUCAUGAAAAACAAUGGAGGAGAAAAGAAAAGGGCUACCUGUACAAAUAACAUGAAAGAAGAUGAAGCAGAAAGGAAAAAGAAGAGAGAAUAACAUGAAAGGAGAUAAAGCAGAAGGAAAGGAAAGAAAACUACUUAGACAAUAACUUAAAGAAGAUGAAGCAGAAGAAAAAAAGGAAGAGCUAAGCAAUGACAAAAGAAGAGCAGAAGAAGAAGAAAAAGAAGAGUGUGAUAAUUCUUUGACAGUGAAAUGUGCGCCGAUAGAAACUCUAAAUCAACACCAACUCGAGCAAAGCCAAACAAACACACCGCUACUCACUACACCUUACACACCUUGCUUACCUACUUUCUCACCUAGAAUUACCGGAAGAACUGCUGCUGUGAGACCGGGAAGCUGCUCAGUACACACCAUUCCCUUAAAAGCAGCGUGUGUGUGUGGUGGCGGUUCUUUAUGGUAAAUUUGACAUCCUAAGCUUGACAGGACACAAACCAGACAUGUAACCCCCUCCCCCCCACCCCCCUCGUCGUCUUUACUCGUGACCUGACCUGACCUGCCUCGCCGCUGAACGCACACCAUACACUCAUCAUGAAGCUGUACUGCCUGAGUGGUCACCCCAACAAGCCAUGCAAUGUGGUGACCUUCAAGAGCUGCACCCUCAUGCUGGACUGUGGGCUUGACAUGACCAGCGUCAGUCACUUCCUGCCGCUGCCGCUUGUGUCCUCCGCCAGACUCAACUCACUCAAUACUUGGGUACCACGGGACACCGACUCACAGCUCGAGGGGGAGUUGAGGGAAUGUAUGAAUCGUGUAUUUGUGGACUCACCGCCAGAGUUUGUUCCACCUGCCUCUGGACUGGUGGACUUCUCAGAGGUGGAUGCAAUUCUUGUGUCAAAUUACCAUAGUAUGUUAGCACUGCCAUUCAUCACCAACCACACUGGCUUCAGGGGCGUGGUGCUCAUGACCGAACCCACACUACAGAUCGGCAGGCUGUUCAUGGAGGAGCUGGUGGAGUACAUAGAGAGGACACCCAAAGCUCGCCACGCCUCUCGCUGGAAGAACUACCUCCGAUGUCUGCCACUGCCAUUGUCCGAAGUCCGUUCCCCCAAGACGUGGCAGGCAGCGUACACCAUGAAGGCCGUCAACGCUGCCCUCAGUCAUGUCCAGAUUGUGGCCUAUAGUGAGAAUAUUGAUAUCUGUGGAGCCCUGAAGGUGACGGCUGUGAGCUCCGGCUUCUGUCUCGGCAGCUGCAACUGGCUCAUCUGCUCCGACCAUGAGAAGCUGGCUUACCUGAGUGGGUCGUCAACGCUCACCACACACCCGCGGCCCAUCGACCAGACCUCCCUGAAGAACGCAGACGUGCUCAUCAUGACGGCACUCAACCACACACCCCUCUUCAACCCAGACUCCAUGCUGGGGGAGUUCUGUGUUGCUGUUGCCCAGACGAUAAGGAACGGAGGAAACGCGCUGGUGCCAUGCUAUCCGAGUGGUGUGGUGUACGAUCUGUUUGAGUGUCUGUCCAACCACAUGGAUAAUCUGGGCCUGUCUCUCAUUCCUAUGUACUUUGUGUCCCCUCGCGCUGAGAACUCCCUCGGGUACUCCAAUAUCUUCUCCGAGUGGCUGUCCUCAAGCAAGCAGGGCAAGGUUUACUCCAUGGAUGACCCUUUCCUCACGCACACCUCUCGCAUGGGGCGUCUCAAGGCCUUCAAGAGUCUGGACGCAGAAGGCUUCAGCUGCGAGUAUAGACAGCCUUGCAUUGUGUUUUGUGGCCACCCCAGUCUGCGGUUUGGUGACGCUGUGCACUUCAUCGAUAUGUGGGGCAACAACCCGCAGAAUGCCAUCCUCUUCACAGAGCCUGAAUUUGACAUCGGGGAAGUGUUGGCGCCAUUCCAGCCUCUAGCCAUGCGUCAAGUGUACUGCCCCAUAGACACCAGCCUGGACUUCACACAGGCACGUAAGCUGAUUAAUGAGCUGAAGCCGGCCAAGCUGGUGGUGCCCGAGGUAUACAUGAGGCCACCCGCCAAGCCCCACCGCACUGACCUCACCCUGGAUCUGGAGGAGGCACCGCUGACCUACGGGGAGUGCCAGCUGCUUAACCUUGGCAUUCAGCGGCGCCUGGAGACCAUGAACAUCACCUCUGACCUGGCACUGGCACUCAACCCCAUCACCAUCAGGCCAGGCAUUGUCACCACCACCAUCACUGCCACGCUGCACACCAGGGAUAACAAAUAUACUCUGCAGCCCGUAGAUGAUGGGGACACAGAACCACACACCCGCCUGCCCACUUGCUACCCUUACGGCAACCUCAAUGUGGAUGAAUUAGUACAGCGGCUGGCUCAGGCUGGCUUGGCGGAUGUGAGGGUGGACGACAGCAAGGAAGGGCUCGUCAUAACUCUGGCGAACGACGAUGUGGUGAUCCAGAUAAACGAGUUCGCCACACACAUCAUCUCGGCCAACAGUUCACUGAGGGAGAAGCUUCGAGAUAUCCUGCUGGAGUGUUUGGGCAGCUUCUGAGGGCCUGACUGACUGACUGACUGACUGACUAACGGGAUGACUAGCUGACUGAUUGCGUGACUGGCUAACAGACUAACGGGGUAACUGACUGACUGGGUGAAUAAAUAAGUGUGUAGAUUAAUGACUGACUGACUGACUGAUAUCCAAGAAACCAACAAUUGACUGACUUACUGACUGACUGACUUCUUACUAUGUGCCUUGCCCUUCCCUCACCCCCCUCCCCAUCCUUCCAAACCCCUCCUGACUAGUGAAAUGGAGGGGUGACUGAAAUAUCUUAAUAAAAUGUUCAAAUUUU